UUCCCUAGUGACACGACACCGGCGGUCAUUCAGCAAAGAAAUCCGACUCUUUUGGGGUUGGUUGUCAUUCAUAUGUUUGAUCACACCGUCGCUGGAUCCCGUUUAUGAUUUUAAGACUGCUUGGCAGGUUAGCUGAGAAAGUACCAAGUGCAGUGCACCGAGUCGUUUCCUCCAUGAAGCCUCAAGUUGUAUUUGUGUUGGGUGGACCUGGCGCGGGCAAAGGAACACAAUGCGCUAAAAUCGUUGAGAAAUACAGCUAUACCCAUUUGUCUGCUGGGGACCUCCUGAGGGAAGAGCGCAGCCGGACUGGCUCAGAGUUUGGACAGCUCAUUGACAACUACAUCAAGGAUGGCAAAAUCGUGCCCGUGGAGAUUACCAUCAACUUACUCAGAAAGGCCAUGGAAUCCUCGAUGGCGGCCGAUGAGCAGAAGUUCCGUUUCCUGAUUGAUGGAUUCCCCCGCAACCAAGACAACCUGCAGGGCUGGAACAAAGACAUGGACGGCAAAGCUGAUGUCAAAUUUGUCCUCUUCUUUGACUGCAGCAAUGAGGUGUGUAUUGACCGCUGUCUAGAGAGAGGAAAGAGCAGUGGACGUACGGACGAUAACAGAGAGAGUCUGGAAAAGAGGAUCCAGACGUACCUUCAGUCCACACGUCCCAUCAUUGACUUGUAUGAGAAGCAGAAGAAGGUGCGCACCAUUGAUGCGUCAAAGGAUGUCGACGCGGUGUUUGAGGACGUGAAGAGCGUCUUUGAUAAGGAGGGCUGAGGAUCCUCUCGCAUCUUAACUGCCAAGAACUGUGUGGCUGCCACGGUCAUUCAGCGUUUCUUUUUAUCAGUGUCAGCAAAUUCUCUGCUUUGUUCACAUGUCCACAUUUUUUGCCUUUUUACUCAUGUAAUUAUAUUAUAAAUAUAUAUUAUACAUGUUUGUUUUUGGUAGGUUAGUCUAGUGAAAUGGAAAGGGGCUAGUGUGAGUGUCCAUUAAUGUGUAAAAGUGUGCAUGUGUGUGAGUGGAGGGCACUCUUAAUCUAGGCAUAAGAUCCCUUCUGAGAAAGGCUGCAGAAUAGGGUUGUGAUUGAAACAUUGAGUUGUUGUUUUCUUGCUUUCUUUUUUUUCCAUUAGCCACUUAGGCCGUCACUUAGUGACUGAAUCAUGGAGGGUACAAAGUACAAACCCUCGAGGUCAUGUUUAGGAGAUAUGUAGUAAUGUUUAUGAAAUCUGUGUUUUUCAGGGAUGUCUCCAUGACAGACAUUGUGUUGUAUCUGAUAAGUAGAAAUGGCCAAAGUUUGGUUCCAACGAGGAGUUUAUUGUUUUCCUGACUGACUUUGCUCUAGGUCGAUACCUAACCAGCCAAUUUUGUUACAAGGAUAUGCUGUUUCGUCUCGACGUUCAUAAACAACUGUAGACUGAAAUGGUUGACUCAGAAUGAAACUUGGGUGCACUAAUCCAUAUUGAACCGAGAGAGAUUUAUUAGUGUGUCACUACAUGGAUUGAGAUAUUUCACAUUGCCGUCCCCUGCACAGCACAGCAUUGCCAGUGCUUACCUUUAUGUUGUAAUGCAGAGUCAGAAUAGGGAAUAUAUAGACUUUUCCCAGCGAUGGCAAAUCUGACUGGUUAAUUUUAACAAUUUUAAGGAAACUGACCCAGGAAAGUGAUUGUAGGCAAUUUGGGAUAGGCUGUUUCAAGUUUAACUCCUUAUCAUGAGUAUUUAGACUGACCAUACUUUUUUUCCCUUGUAUCAGUUGAGUACUCUGUUUUAAGAUAUGUCUUUAUACCCAAUCAUUGUCAUCCUCAUAUUGUAAAUGUCAACUAGGCAAUGUUGAACACUGGGAAUGAAACAGUGUAUUGCUGCCCAGUAAACUAAAACUAAAAACACUUGAUGUUGUUGCAGUCUUUAUACAAGACUGAGAUUAGACAAUGGUAAAGAGGACAAGACCAGAGGGACAGCUGGUUAGAUUCAUUUAUAAAAUUUGGACUUGUGUUAUUGUCAUUGCUGGAAUUUGCCAAGUUGACAGCGCAGUGCUUGGUUUUACAAAAGGGCCAGUAAUUGUGUAAAAGCAGUGUCUUACCUUGUAAGUUCCAACAUUACAUUUGCUGUACCACCAUGUCUUGUAAUACAGUGACACAAACACUCAUCACUUUUCCAAAUGUAUUCGUUCUAAAACAACAGCUUUUUUGAGUUCAAGUAAAAGGACCAGUGCAUUGGAACAUUA